AUGCUUGCUAUCCAAUCAUUGUACUUGAAGUGGGCGAGUGACAACCCCUGGAAGCUAUACCUGAUAUGGGAGUUCUGUGAUGGCGUACCACCCUACGACCUCUCAAGCUGGAAUCGAACCUGGAAGAUCAUAUCGAAGACGGAAGCUCUCAAGUACAUGAGGGUCGACCUGGUGGCAUGCGCUGAUCGUCCCGAGCCAUACUCCGAGUUUGAAGACGUCUUAUUUGCCCCGCUGAAGAAGAUCCAGGGCCUGCAGCAAUUCGAUGUCUUCCUUAGCUGGGAAGAAGGCAAAACUGUCCGUGAAGAGGGAGUGCAGCCUUUCACGAUCAAAAAAACUAUGGAACAUGUUCGAUGA